GUAAUAAAGACAUAUUCAAACUCAGACCAGAGAAAAUGAAACACAUGACAUGUUUGUUACUAUAUUAUUAGGUAUAUUUACACCUAUCACCGUUUGAAUGUAAACAAUCACACACGUGGAUUGUGAAAGAUCAAAAAUGCCAAAAGAAAAGACUGUUAAAAAAUCUAGACAGCACCAGGCUGUCCAAAAGCAAGGAAUUAAUUUCAACAAAGACUUUGGGCAGCAUAUUCUAAAGAAUCCAUUAAUUGUCACAAGUAUGGUUGAAAAGGCAGCAUUAAGACCAACAGAUGUAGUAUUAGAAGUUGGCCCUGGUACUGGUAAUAUGACUGUUAAAUUGUUAGAAAAGACAAAAAAGGUGGUAGCAUGUGAAAUAGAUCCAAGACUUGCUGCAGAGUUACAAAAAAGAGUUCAGAGCACUCCCAGUCAGAACAAACUUCAACUGAUGAUUGGGGAUGUUUUGAAGACGGAGUUACCAUUCUUUGACGUGUGUGUAGCUAAUUUGCCAUACCAAAUCUCAUCACCGUUUGUAUUCAAACUCCUACUUCACAGACCAUUCUUCAGAUGUGCUGUGUUAAUGUUCCAAAGAGAGUUUGCCCAACGACUUGUAGCCAUGCCAGGAGACAAGCUAUACUGUAGACUGUCUGUCAACACACAGUUGUUAGCCAGAGUUGAUCAUUUAAUGAAGGUAGGAAAAAAUAACUUCCGGCCCCCACCAAAAGUAGAAUCAAGUGUAGUGAGAAUUGAACCAAGGAAUCCUCCACCACCUAUAAACUUCCAGGAAUGGGAUGGUCUCGUCAGAAUUUGUUUCUCCAGGAAAAAUAAAACUCUUGGUGCUGCCUUUAAAUUUACCAAGAUUCUAGAAUUGUUAGAGAAAAACUACAAAACAAGUUGUUCUCUGAAAUCAAUUCCUAUUCCUCCAGAUUUUGAUGUGAAAACAAAAGUAGCUGAAUUAUUACAGAAAAAUGAAUAUGAUAAAAAGAGAGCCAGGACAAUGGACAUUGAUGACUUUCUAGGGUUAUUAAAUUGUUUUAACACAGAAGGAUUUCAUUUUACCUGAUUCAAGAAGAAACACAAACAACAACAACAUAUCUGUGAUAUCUACCUUCAAAUGAAUGAAGACACCAAGGAAAGCAUCAGAAAUAUCAUCCUCCGUUGUUAGGUUUCUGGACAUUUAUAGACAAACAAUAAAACAUAUACUCAAUAUGUACAUUAACAUAUUAACUAAAUGAAAUUAAGUAACGUUAUGCUAAUGUUCAGUAUACAAGUUCAUCUUUGAAGGAUUUAAAUUGUCUAUCUGAAUUAAAUUGUAUUAACAGCUCAACAAUUGAUGCAUUUUCUUUGGUAUGAAUAAAAGGCCAUGUUGGGUAUUGUGGAGACAAUAAAACCAGAAGAAAAAUAUGGAAAUAGCUUACUACAUUUGCUGUUAAUAU